AUGGAUAAGUAUAAAAUUAUCAAGACGCUAGGAGAUGGUACUUACGGUUCCGUCGUAUAGGCUUCAAACAAGCAAUCGCAAGAAAUAGUUGCUAUCAAGAAAAUGAAGAAAAAGUUUUACUCAUGGGAAGAGUGUAUGGCCCUUAGAGAAAUCAAAUCGCUAAGGAAGCUAAAUCAAAUAAAUAUUGUGAAACUGAAAGAAGUAAUAAGAGUAAACGAUGACUUGUAUUUCGUAUUUGAGUACAUGGAACAGAAUGUCUAUCAAUUAAUGAAAGACAGGACUACUAAUUUCCCAGAGAGUUAAAUUAAAGCAGUAAUGUAUCAAACUUUGCUAGGGCUUGCAUAUAUGCACAAGCAUGGUUUCUUUCAUAGAGAUCUCAAACCUGAAAACUUACUUGUUAAGGGAGAGGCUGUUAAAAUCGCAGAUUUCGGACUUGCCAGAGAGAUCAGAUCUCGUCCGCCAUUUACUGACUAUGUUAGUACUAGGUGGUAUAGAGCACCUGAAAUUUUGCUGAGAUCUACUAAUUACAACUCUCCAGUUGAUAUUUUUGCUUGUGGUGCUAUUAUGGCUGAACUAUACAUGCUAAGACCAUUGUUCCCUGGUAAUAAUGAAACUGACUAAAUUUAUAAAACUUGCGCAGUUCUUGGAAGUCCUACUCAAGCUUAAUGGGCAGAGGGCUAUAAAUUAGCCACAAGAAUUGGAUUUACUUUUCCCAAGUUUGUCCCUACUUCCCUUAGCUAGCUCAUCCCUAAUGCCUCUGAUUAAGCAAUAGACUUGAUGUUGAAGAUGAUGAUUUUUGAUCCAUAGAAAAGACCAACUGCUUAGUAAUGUCUGUAACAUCCCUACUUUGAAGGAUUUACUUAUAACCCAGCAGCAAAUCCAUCACUUCCAGGAGCAAAUUCAUCAAAUAAAAACUUCUUCAAUCCAAAUAAUGACAUAAAUAAACCAACAUCAAACAGUAAAAGAAUAGAAUCGAGAAAGGGAAUUUUAUCUCGAAAGGAUGAUGUGAAUAAAAACAACUACUAUAUAUAAAAGGGGAGAGCCCCUGACCAUUUACCAAAUAAACCUACAGUACUCGGUAGCGGAGGUGGGGCUGGUGAUAAUGUUCCUCAAGGAUACUUCAAUAAAUAACCUCUAGGCAGUGGGAUAAGCAGUAGUGGUGGUGUGAAUCUGCCGCAACUUAGUAAUCCAUACGUGAACUCAGUUGCUUAGAAUUCAGCAGUAGCCUAGAACAGAAAUAAAAGUUUGCCAUAAUACUAAGGCUAUAAAUAUGGUGGAAUAGGUGGAGGAGGAGCUGGAAGUGGCAUUGGAGAUAACGCCUACUCAUCUAAUAAUGAGUAGAGUAUACAAGGUGCCUAAGGUAGUGGAGUCAAUCUCCCAAGAAUAUAAAGCAGAGGAGCAGCAUUGAAUAAUAAUAUCCCAAACUCAAGAGGAAGUGGAUUAGCACAAUAUGGUGCAUAAUAGAUACCUAAAUACGGAGCUGGUGCUGGUCUGAAUUAUAGUGGCUCUCAAGGAGGUAACUAAUCAAUACCAUAAAUAGGCUCUUACAAAUAUGGCUCAGGAAGUGGAAUAGGAGGAGGAGCAGGUUCCUUGGGUGGAGGCAUUGCAGGAGGAGGAUUUUCAAAUAUUCCUAAAUAUUCAAACUCGGGUAUAGCAGGCAGCAUUGGGUAGCUAAAUCCGAUAGGUAGUCAAAGAAGACAGAUGAAUGCUGUUGAGGUUAAUGCAUGCUGGGUUGAAGCUAUUAAGAAUGAAAACAAGGGCAGAUUACUCAAUGAAAACUUUGAUUUCAACCCCAAAAAUCGUAAUACUUCCACUAUUAUUUAUAAAUUCCUAACAGUUAUUGUGUUAUCUGAAAAACCUACCCAAAACAGAGUGUACUUUGGUGGUCAUCCUACUGAUACUGAGAAAGAAAUGGCUGAGUUAAAGACUAAACUUGACACUCUAACCUCUGUUCCUAAGAAGAAGUAUCCUUUCGCAAUGACAAGCAACUAAGAAAUCGGUUGGGAUAAUGAUGAAACUUUCGAUUAAUUCAAACCAAAAAACCCUUACAAUAAAAAGUCCUGUCCUGAGACCAAGUAUGCAUCAGACUAUGUAACCAUGACAAAGAGAUCUCCUUAUGCAAACAAGAGACAAGAAUGA